AUGAGUGGAAAUGAGGACGACUGGCUGGCUCUCAAACCCCAGGAACCUUCUCCAUCCCAGUGCUGCGGCAGCGGCUGCAAACCCUGCAUCUAUGAUGUAUACGAGAAGGAGCUUGAACGAUGGGAAAGGGCCAAAGCAAAGCAAGACAAAAGCCUCCUCAUGGAAAGAAAGGAACAGAGCAAUAAUUCAGAACUGAAUCCAGAUACAUUUACUGCAUUCAACAUAAGCUCAGUGGAGCAGCUAACAGAGGACACCUACCAGUACAAAUUUGAAUUACCGGGAAAUAGCAGUCUGCGAUUGAGUUUAGGACAACAUAUCGUGUUAAGAGGAGUGGUGAACGGUUUGGAGGUCCAGCGAGCCUAUACUCCGAUUAGCCCAGGGAACGCAGAAGGUUACUUUGAAGUUUUAAUGAAAUGCUACGAAGCUGGGCUAAUGUCACAAUACAUAAAAACAUGGAAAAAAGGAGACAUGGUCUUUUGGCGCGGGCCGUUUGGAGGGUUCCCGUAUCAACCUAAUAAG